AUGAUAUCUGCUUCCAGCUGGAAAUGGCUGACGCUGAGUGUAAACGAUCGCAGGAAAAUCCCGAUCAAGCUUCUCGUCAAGACAUUUUCCUCUGGGAAACCCGAGAAAAUGGUCCUGAAGUGUCUGAGCGAUCUUGGACUGUGUGGAGAUAAGUUCUGGAGCUCCGAUUCCGACGCGACAUCGCGCCCACGCCAAUUAGUACGCCUGGAUAGUUGA